UCAAAUUUAUACAUAUGAUUUUGUAACUAAUUAUUUUUCUCAGUUCGGGCAAAGUGUAAAUCUGGAUAUGGCAAAUAUGCUGCCUUUACAAAUAAUGCAAAAUAAUAAGUUAAAUAAUAUAUUACACAUCCCAAAUACCAGUAAUUCGCUGUCCCCAACUUUUAAUUUUGGUACUUUACCCCGCUCACCUUUAAGAACUCCUAGUCCUCAUAGAAAAUCACAAAGAAUUUCUUUAAUAUCCACCUUAAAUAGCAAAUCAGGAUUGCACAGAAUUGAAGAAACUCCUGGGGAUGUCACAUGCUAUUUAAAAAAUUUGGCACCAAAAUAUCUCAGACAUCGCUCAUCACAUAGUCCUCCAACAGUCAAUAGACCACCAUCCCCAAUUCCUUCAGAUGCUAAAAUCAGACCCAUUUCUGACCUUAAAAAUAUUAAAAGACGAUCUUUGCCAAAUUUUGAGUCUAGUGUUAAAAAAGAUGAGCAAAUGUUUUUAUUCCCUCCUAUUAAUCAGAGUGAUAAAUAUGAAAACGAUUCAGAUAUCCAAGAUGAUUCUCUUUCACCUUCACUGAAAUCUGAAGCCUCAUAUAUUUCAGAAGAUUCAAAUGAUUUAGAUAUGCUUGAGGAGAAGGAAAAUGAAAUUUUGCCAAAUUUUAACAAAAUUUCAAAUAAUUUAGAUAAAUCCAAAAAGAUUUUACAACCAAAAGCUGUGUCAUUAACCAAAAUUCUUGAAGACCAUAUGGAAAAUUAUGUUGAUGAGGAAAAGGAAGAAUUAAAACAACUUGAUCAUGAAUUUUCAAAAUAUAGCCAGGAACAUGAUACUAAGAUAAAACCAAAUAAAAUUAAAUGUGAUCAGAAUUUAUAUAGUAAUGAGAUUAAAUCAAAUAAUAUUUUAUCUAAAUGUGUAAGUGAUAUUGGAACUGAAAAAUUACCUUAUAAAAAUAAUAAUUAUGAGUAUCAUUGUCCCCAAUGUCAAGAAAUUUAUAGGACAGAAUCAAUAUUAAAUUAUCACAUAAACAAUGAUCAUCAAUCCGAUGAUGAAAAUCAAUAUAGUGAAAUCUUGAAAGAUCUAAUCCUUCUUACCUGUCCCACUUGUGGUUUAUCAUUUAAACAUCAAUUUGAUUUAAGGAUUCAUUUGACUCAACAUUUUAAUUUAGGCAAUGAUCAAUCAAAACAAAGUGUUUUAAUUAGAAAAAGUCCAAACCUCUCAACUUUAUCCCAAGCAUUUCCAAAUAUUUUUACACCAAUACCUAAUCCUUCUGAAUAUGUAGACUCAAAAUGUAUUGUUUCAGAGAUUUACGAAACAUUAUUAAAUUAUGCAAAGACUAACAAUUCCACUUUAAGAGGAUGUGUAGGGUUAUGUUCCCCCUUGGAUUUUAUACAAACUUCGCCAUCACAAAAAAGCUGGUCGUGCGGCUACAAAAAUAUUCAAAUGUUAUGUUCAGCGAUCAUGAAAAUACCUCAAAUAUUUGAUGUGGUCUUUAAAAAGACGGAAAAGAUUCCUUCUAUUAUGAGAAUUCAAAAAUUGACGGAAGAGGCUUGGAAUUGUGGAUGGGAUCUAGAUGGUGCUAAACAUUUUAAUCACGCAUUAACUAGCACUAGAAAAUGGAUCGGUGCUACCGAAAUGGUUGUCUUUUUCUCGUACCUCGGAAUAAAGUGCAAAUUAUUCGAUUUUCACGAGCCCACUGAUUCAAAUGGUUACCACCCUCGUUUAAUGAAGUGGGUUCAAGCCUAUUUUACCAAACCGCUAAAAUUACUACUUAAUAAUACAUCUCCUUUAUUAGCUCACGAUAACCUUCCUGUUAAACAAUGCAAAUACAGAACUGAUCGGCUUCCUUUGCUUUUACAACACCAAGGCCAUAGCAGGUUAAUUAUCGGCUUUCAGCUUGGAAAUAAUAGUAAGUCGGCAAAUGAAGGGAACAAAUUAUUGGUGCUAGAUCCUUCACUAGAUAUUGAAAAAUUGCGAAUUUUUUUGAAAAUCUCCAAAAAUUCGAAAGAUACACUAUCGGAAGAAUCUGCCACGAAAUUGUUUGAUCGAUUGUUCGUCAAAAAUAUUAGCUCGCUCACCGCGUCUCAAUACCAAAUAGUGUGCUUUGAGGGUUCCUUAAAUUCAGAUAAAAAGCUUAGCUACUUGUUUAAAGAUUUGAACGAUUACACAUCUAGCAAGAUAUUGUCAUCCAUUAAAAUACCGUGAUAACUAAAUUUAUUGUCAUUUAUAUCAAAUUUUUUAAAAAAAAUUCGUUUAAACCUUUUUUUGCAUUGAAAACUUUUGAAACAAAACAAAAAAAUUAUAAUUAUUUUUCAUCUGUUUGUAUUAUUUAUUUAUUCUUGACUUAAUUAUUAUAGUUUGGUAAUAGUCAAGUCAACCUUAAAAAAAAUUUUUUUUUAAAUUAAAAUCUUAAUUUAUAAGAAAUUAAAUUAUUAAUAAUGUGUGACGUUUUUUUUGACAGUUUUAGCAAAAUUUAAUUAGAAAAGUAGAAAUUUUUUUUAUUAAUUUAUUUAAUAUUUUAAAACAUAAAACAGUUUUUUUAUAAAAAAAAAACAUAAAUAGAAAAUUUUAAUAUAAUUCCUGCUAACAAGCAAUUUAUAUUUUUAUGAGCUCACCCCUCCCCCCUUUCAAUUUAGAUUUCCUUUUAUUUUCAUCCAAAAUGAAAGCACUUCUUUUUAGAUAGAUCUCUUCUUCUUUUAUGCGCAAUUAUAAAAACCUCAUCUUGAUUAUAAAUAUUAAUAUAUUAUUAUAAUUAUAACUAUCAUAUAUAAAUUGUAAUGUUUUCUUAAAAAUAAUAUAUAUUAAUAUAAUUAG